CAUAGCCUCUUCAAGCAAUACUAUGAUUUCAUACCCUUCCACACCAAAUCUUGCUCAUCAACUGCCCGUAAAGCUCACGUCGUCGAAUUUCCUAUUAUGAAGACUCAGUUUCUUCCCAUGGUUUGUGGUUGUGGUCUUAACCAUCAUAUUGAUGGUAGCGAAUCAGCACCAGCCGAGUUUUUAGAUGAUAAACAAUCUAAUCCAGCCUAUAAAUCUUGGGUUCAUCGAGAUCAACUCGUGUUAAGUUGGAUUGUUGCUUCAGUUUCGGAAAGUGUUUUACCACAGUUGGUUGGAGCAGAAACUGCUCAUGAAUCCUGGGAUAAACUUGUGACAGCAUACGUGUCAGGUUCUAAGCCACAAGUUCGUGAACUAAAGACGCAACUGCAUACUUUGCGUCGAGAUAAUGCCACCAUUGAGAGCUAUGUUCAAGGAGCCAAGGCGAUUUCAGAUAAGCUUGCUGCUCUGCAACACCCCAGUCCAUAAUGAUGAACUCGUUGAGUUUGUACUUGUCGGUCUAGCCCUGCAUAUCGCCCGUUCACAAGAGACCUUUAAUCUCGUCAUGAAGAUAUUUCGUUUGAUGCCAUUUAUGGCAUGUUAUUGAACGAAGAAAGACAACUAAAAAGGGCUAAAGCCCUUACCGUUAUAGCUCCCACUGCUCAUUACACUCAAAGCUCAUUAUCAUCCACACAAGGUCGAGGUAGAGGCCGUAGAGGUGGAGGUCGAGGUCGUGGACGUGCUGGUGGUCAAGGAUAUUCCCAGCAAUUCCAGAAUCGUAACCAUCUAAACUCCACUGGUACACAAGCAAAAUAUGACACUUCUGGAAUUAUUUGUCACUAUUGCGAAGGCAAGGGUCAUAUCACACGAGUUUGCCCUUCAUCUAAGUCUACUAAUAGUCCUAGAGUUACUGGUCGUCCUUCUAAUUUAGCAAGCACUCCAACAUAUUCUAGACAGAACUGGUUGAUGAAUAGUGGCACCACACAUCAUUUAACAACUGAUCUUGACAAUUUAGCCAUCCAUUCAGAGUAUCAAGGUCCAGAGGAACUAACCUUAGGAUUUGAAAACGAGGGGCAUUCUUCACAAAGGGCCGAAAGAUGAUGGUUUAUAUGCAUUCCCAGCUCUACAAUCGUGUCUCUCACCUGCUUCAUAUGCUGCUUCACUUGGUGUCUGGCAUGCUCACUUAGCUCAUGCCUCUUAUCCUACUGUUCGUUGGGCUUUGCCAUCUUAUAGUUAUUGUUCUUCUACUUAUAAGUCUCCUACUUUAUGACCAGCUUGUGCUGUUAGCAAGAGUCACAAAAUUCUUUUUGUUGAGUCUAUUUUUAAGGUCAAUGGCCCUUUAGAUUUUAUUUGUUCUGAUGUUUGAGGUUUGUCCCCUGUUACUUCUAAUGAUGGAUAUCGCUAUUACGUUAUGUUCUUUGAUCAUUUUAGCAAAUAUACCUGAAUUUUUUUUCUCCAA